AAACAAUGGCUGGACUCUGCUCCAUAACAGAGUCAACAGGGGAGCCAGUGAGGGCCUUAUAUCUAGUCCCCAAGGGGGAGGUCUGGGCUUGUUGGGGAGGAACUGGAGCUGAGAGGAGGUGCUGACAGGCAGAGUCCUGGACCUUGGGCAGCAAAAGGUGGGGUUUUGCAGUUUCCAUUUCCUUGAUUGGCAGUGGGGCCCUCCCACUCGGACAUUCCGGAAAGUGACAUGGGUAGGGUGGGUGGAGCGGGCAGCAGGUGCGAGAACACAGAUUGCGUAAAAGGCUGGAGGCUGUGAGGGGCAGGGGAAGGACGUGUGACCAGGCUCAGGUCUGGAGUUUCAGCUUGGCCAUCGAGCCAAGCAGACACGCAGCAGGAGCCAGGAGAGGCCACCCUGCCACCAGCCCCAGUUUCUCUCCUGUCUUCUGUCACCAUGGGGAGCAAACGCAGCCCCCAACUCUGCCUGGUACCCUUGAUCCUGGGCCUCUUGUCUGGAGGUGUGAGCAUGACGCCAUUGCCUGAGGCUGGGCCCCAGAGCCCCUGCUCUCUGGAGGGAGUAGAGAUCAAAGGUGGCUCCUUCCGGCUUCUCAAGGCGGGCCAGUCACUGGAGUACUUGUGUCCUUCUGGCUUCUACCCAUACCCUGUGCAGAUUCGUACCUGCAGAUCCACGGGAUCCUGGAGCACCCUGCAGACCCAAGACAAAAAGAUUGUCAAGAGGGCCGAAUGCAAAGCAAUUCGCUGUCCCAGACCGCAGGACUUUGAGAACGGGGAGUACUGGCCCCGGGCCCCCUACUACAAUUUGAGUGAUGAGAUCUCUUUCCACUGCUAUGAUGGUUACAAUCUCCGGGGCUCUGCCAAUCGCACCUGCCAGGCGACGGGUCGGUGGGACGGGGAAACGGCCAUCUGUGACGAUGGAGCGGGGUACUGCCUGAACCCGGGCAUCCCCAUUGGCACAAGGAAGGUGGGCAGCCAGUACCGCCUUGAAGACACUGUCACCUACUACUGCAGCCGGGGGCUCACCCUACGUGGCUCCAAGCAGCGAACAUGUCAGGAAGGUGGCUCUUGGAGUGGAACGGAGCCUUCUUGCCAAGACUCCUUUAUGUACGAUACUCCUGCAGAGGUGGCCGAAGCCUUCCUGUCUUCCCUGACAGAGACCAUAGAAGGAGUUGAUGCUGAGGAUGGGCACAGCCCAGGUUUGAAGAUAGAGAGGGGAGGCAGGGCAGGGAAUUGGGGGUGGGAGGAGGAUGGAGAAGGGGCAGGAGAACCAUGCCUCCUGGAGCCUGAGUGUCUCUCUUGGCACCCAGGGGAACAACAGAAGAGGAAGAUUAUCCUGGACCCCUCGGGCUCCAUGAACAUCUACCUGGUGCUGGAUGGAUCAGACAGCAUUGGGUCCCACAACUUCACAGGGGCCAAGAGGUGUCUCAGCAACUUCAUUGAGAAGGUGGCAAGUUAUGGGGUGAGGCCAAAAUAUGGUCUAGUGACAUAUGCCACAGACCCCAAAGUUUUGAUCAGAGUGUCUGACCCAAAGAGCAGCGAUGCAGACUGGGUCACAGAGCAGCUCAACCAAAUCAACUACGAAGACCACAAGUUGAGGGCAGGGACUAACACCAAGAAGGCUCUCCUGGAAGUAUACAACAUGAUGAGCAGGGAAGUGAACAAACUCCCUGAAGCCUGGAACCGCACCCGCCACGUCAUCCUCCUCAUGACUGAUGGCUUGCACAACAUGGGUGGGGAUCCAGUCUCUGUCAUUCACGAUAUCCGGGACUUGCUGGACAUUGGUAGAAAUCGCAAAAAGCCCAGGGAGGAUUAUCUGGACAUCUAUGUGUUUGGGGUUGGGCCUCUGGUGGACCAAGACAGCAUCAAUGCUUUGGCUUCCAAGAAGGAUAAGGAGCAACACGUGUUCAAACUCAAGGACAUAGAUAACCUGGAGGAUGUUUUCAUACAAAUGCUUGAUGAAACCCGGACUCUGGGUCUUUGCGGCAUGGUUUGGGAGCACAAGAAAGGUACUGACUAUCACAAGCAACCAUGGCAGGCCAAGAUCUCAGUCACUCGUCCUUUGAAGGGACACGAGAGCUGUAUGGGUGCUGUGGUGUCUGAGUACUUUGUGCUGACAGCGGCUCACUGUUUCACUGUGGAUGACGAGAAACACUCAGUCAAGGUCAGCGUGGGAGGGACGAAGCAGGAGUGCGAGAUAGAAGAAGUCCUAUUUCACCCAAACUACGACCUCAAUGCGAAAAAAGCAGAAGGUAUUCCUGAAUUUUAUGACUAUGACGUGGCCCUCAUCAAGCUCAAGAAGAAGCUCAAGUACAGUGAGACCAUCAGGCCCAUUUGUCUCCCCUGCACUGAGGGAUCGAAUCAAGCUUUGAGGCUUCCACAUUCAACCACGUGCCAGCAACAGAUGCAAGAGCUGCUCCCGGCAAAGGAUAUCAAAGCUCUGUUUGUGUCCGAGCUGUCUAAGGAUCAUAAGAAGACACUGAUUCGGAAGGAGGUCUACAUCAAGAAUGGGGAAAAGAAAACUGGCUGUGAGAGGGAUGCUCUACGUGCCAUAGGCUAUGACAAAGUCAAGGACGUCUCUGAAGUAGUCACCCCCAGGUUCCUUUGCACCGGAGGGGUGGCUCCCUAUGCUGACCCCAACACUUGCAAAGGUGAUUCUGGUGGUCCCCUGUUUAUUCACAAGAAGAGUCGCUUCAUUCAAGUUGGUGUGAUCAGCUGGGGCGUUGUGGACGUCUGCAAGGGGCAGCAACAGGUACCUGCUUACGCCCGAGACUUUCACAUCAACCUCUACCAAGUGCUGCCCUGGCUCAAGGAAAAACUCCAAGAUGAGGAUCUGGGUUUUCUAUAAGGGGUUUCCUGUUGGAAACGGGCAUG